GCAAGAUAGUCUCUGGUGAAGGGUAUAAAUUAGGGACAACAGGUUGUACUGUACCUUCUCCGGCCGAGCUCUGUCUCACCAGAGGACCCUGCUGACCAUGAGGCUCAUUCAAACAUUCACUCUGUGCCUGGCUCUCUUACUGAGCUUUGCUGCUUCCUCGGACGUUGCAGACGAUCCAGAUACUGCUGGACAUAAGCCUGAAUUGCACCAUGAAGCUAAGCUUGACCGCUGUGCAGGAAUGGAGUUUGACGCAAUUGCUGUGAACGAGGAGGGAAUUCCUUAUUUUUUCAAGGGUGACCACUUGUUCAAGGGUUUCCAUGGCAAGGCAGAGCUAUCUAAUGAAACGUUCCCUGAGUUGGACGACCAUCAUAACCUGGGACAUGUGGAUGCUGCUUUCCGCAUGCAUUCUGAAGACAGCCCAGACCACCAUGACCACCAGUUCUUCUUCCUGGACAACAAGGUUUUCAGCUACUACAAGCACAAGCUGGAGAAGGACUAUCCCAAAGAUAUCUCUGAUCUUUUCCCUGGAAUUCCUGACCAUUUGGAUGCUGCAGUGGAGUGUCCCAAGCCAGACUGUACUGAUGACACUGUAAUCUUUUUCAAAGGUGAUGAGAUCUACCACUUCAAUAUGAAAACCAAGAAGGUUGAUGAAAAGGAAUUCAAGAGCAUGCCCAACUGCACCGGAGCCUUCCGUUACAUGGAACAUUAUUACUGCUUCCAUGGACAUCAGUUCUCCAAGUUUGACCCAGUUACAGGAGAUGUACAGGGCAAAUAUCCAAAGGAGACCCGUGAUUACUUCAUGAGAUGCCCACAUUUUGGACAAAAGAGCACUGAAGAACACAUUGAGAGAGAACAGUGCAGCCGAGUGCACUUGGAUGCUAUUACAUCUGACGAUGAUGGCAGCAUAUAUGCUUUCAGAGGGUACCACUUCCUCAGCAUAACUGGUGAUAAGUUCCAUUCAGACACAGUUGAGAGUGCUUUCAAAGAGUUGCACAGUGAAGUGGAUGCAGUCUUCUCUUAUGAAGGCCAUCUCUACAUGAUCAAGGAUAAUGAAGUGUUUGUGUACAAAGUUGGAGAGCCACACACACACCUGGAAGGUUACCCCAAACCUCUGAAGGAGGUCCUGGGAAUUGAGGGUCCCGUAGAUGCUGCCUUUGUGUGCGCAGACCAUCACAUUGCUCAUGUCAUCAAAGGUCAAACAGUUUAUGAUGUUGAAUUGAAAGCCACCCCACGUGCACCUGCGAAGGAAGGAACCAUAACACAAUUCAAAAAGAUUGAUGCUGCAAUGUGCGGACCCAAGGGUGUGACGGUUGUGAUCGGUAACCAUUACUACCUAUAUGACAGUCCCAAGAUUAUGAUGAUGGCCAGAAUUAUGCCUGAACAGCACAGGGUGUCUCAGGGGCUGUUUGGCUGUGACCACUAGAGGGUGACAUACAGAGAAAGAGAAGAGGGAUUGCUGUGCAAGUGACCUAGUCUGUACAGACUGUGUGGGGAUCUCUUAGGAUUUUCAAGCAGUAACAUAUCCACUUUCCUCUAAUUGUUGUCACUCUGAUCUCAAAUUAAAAUUCCUACUUCUAAUGUUCUGCUCAAAUAAUCUAGAUCUUUACAAACAUGUUAACAUACAAUACUGGCUUUUACUGCAUUGCACAGUGUGCUGAAUAUUGUAUUGUCUUUUACCACCAGUUAUGUUUUAUUUGAAGCUCCAUCGAAGUCUAAAAUGAUUGUUUCAUCUUGCUCUGUGCACUGUGGUUAUUAAAUAAUCUCAUAUUUUA